AUGAGUUCGGUGAUGAUGAAAGAUGAACGGAGGCGAGUAGAAGAAGAAGAAGAUAACGGCAAAUCUGAAGUCGUAAGGACGGUGACGGAGGAAGAGGUUGAUGAGUUUUUCAAGAUAUUACGGAGAGUACACGUGGCGGCACGAACGGCUGCGAAAGUUAACGGCGGUGAUGAUUAUGAUGAUGAGCGAGGGUUACUACCGUCUAAGAAGAGGAAACGGAGUCAGAGUAGUAACGGCGUUCGUGAUCGGAUCAAUCGGGUCGGGUCACUGGGUUUGGAUUUGGAUCUGAACUGUAAACCGGAACCAGACGGCGUUAAUUUGCCUUGUAGUCCUUCUACUUUACGUCCAAUAAUUAAAUUUUAA